UUCUUCGUCUCUCUGUCUUGCGGCAGCCUCUACAGUGUCUCAGAAAAUGGCGGCGGCGUCUACCUCCCUGUCUGCGUCGGUGACGGCGGCGGCUUCUUCAUCGUCCAAGUCCUUGAAGCCGGCCUCUUUCAAAGCCCCAGCUCUCAAUCUAGGGUUUCUCUCUUCGUCGUCUUCGAGGACUGCCUUGGCGUCUCUGAAAGCUCGAAUCGUGCCCGGAAAUGGAGCUGCUUCCGGCGCCGGCUCUGCUCUAGGAGCUCGCAUGGUUUCCAUGCCUGCUAUCAAGGCCCCGAGCCCUCUCGAUUUCGAGACCUCCGUCUUCAAGAAGGAAAAGGUUACUCUCGCUGGUCACGAUGAGUAUAUUGUGAGAGGAGGGAGGAAUUUGUUCCCUUUGCUGCCUGAUGCAUUCAAGGGAAUCAAGCAAAUUGGGGUUAUCGGCUGGGGCUCACAGGGCCCUGCACAAGCACAAAAUCUGAAGGAUUCUCUUGCAGAAGCAAAAUCUGACAUUGUGGUCAAGAUUGGUCUCAGGAAGGGUUCUCGUUCCUUUGCUGAGGCACGGGCUGCUGGUUUUAAGGAAGAGGAUGGAACCCUUGGUGACAUAUGGGAGACAGUAUCUGGUAGUGAUUUGGUGCUGCUUCUGAUUUCUGAUGCAGCACAGGCUGAUAAUUAUGAGAAAAUAUUCUCUCACAUGAAGCCAAAUAGCAUUCUCGGGCUCUCCCAUGGGUUCCUUCUUGGCCAUUUGCAGUCAAUGGGCCUUGAUUUCCCAAAGAACAUCAGCGUGAUAGCUGUAUGUCCCAAGGGAAUGGGCCCAUCUGUGCGGAGACUCUAUGUUCAAGGGAAGGAGAUAAAUGGUGCUGGAAUAAAUUCCAGCUUUGGUGUCCACCAGGAUGUGGAUGGUAGGGCCACUGAUGUUGCCCUUGGUUGGUCUGUUGCCCUUGGUUCUCCUUUUACAUUUGCAACUACACUGGAGCAGGAAUAUAAGAGUGAUAUUUUUGGUGAACGAGGCAUUCUGCUUGGUGCUGUGCAUGGAAUUGUUGAGACCUUGUUUAGAAGGUAUACUGAAAAAGGAAUGACUGAAGAUUUGGCGUACGAGAAUACUGUUGAGUGCAUAACGGGGAUUAUUUCUAAGACCAUAUCAACUCAGGGCAUGCUGUCUGUGUACAAUUCAUUAUCAGAAGAUGACAAAAAGGAAUUUGAGGCUGCAUACAGUGCCUCCUAUUAUCCCUGCAUGGAUAUCCUAUAUGAGUGCUAUGAGGAUGUAGCCAGUGGUAGUGAGAUCCGGAGUGUUGUCUUGGCUGGACGUCGCUUUUAUGAGAAGGAUGGCUUGCCGGCUUUUCCCAUGGGUAAGAUAGAUCAGACUCGGAUGUGGAAAGUAGGUGAACGUGUUCGGGCAGCUCGUCCAGCUGGUGACCUGGGGCCGCUGUGCCCAUUCACUGCUGGUGUCUAUGUAGCACUAAUGAUGGCUCAGAUUGAAAUUUUGAAGAAGAAAGGCCACUCCUACUCUGAGAUCAUCAAUGAAAGCGUAAUUGAGGCUGUGGAUUCGCUGAAUCCUUUCAUGCAUGCCCGUGGAGUCUCAUUCAUGGUCGAUAAUUGUUCGACAACAGCACGUUUAGGAUCAAGGAAGUGGGCUCCCCGGUUCGACUACAUUCUGACCCAGCAAGCCUUGGUGGCAAUCGACAGUGGUGCUCCCAUCAACAGAGACCUCAUCAGCAACUUCUUAUCGGAUCCAGUGCACGGGGCGAUGGAGGUCUGUGCUCAACUUAGACCGACUGUUGACAUCUCUGUGCCGCCAGAUGCUGACUUUGUUCGACCCGAGUUGCGUCAGUCCAGCAACUAAGCGGCGAAGAAUUUAUUUAGCUUGCGUGAGCUGGCUGCUAGUUUCUGUUAGAUUACUUAGAUGGGGAAGUUUUAUCAAGUCAUAUGGGGUCGCUGGUUUUGCCUAGUAAGUAGUAGCCACUGUUUCCUGCCACUGCAUUUCCAAGAGUUGCUGUGUUCUGCAUGUACUGAAUGAAUAAUUAUAUGUACUUCUUAUAUUUGUCAUAUUGAGCUUUAUUGUGCUUCUAUUGAA